AUGGACAAGUCAGUUUUGGGGCCGUACUCUGACAAGUUCAUCCCAAAUGACUCCCUGAAGACGGAGGAGGAGGAAUUCAUCAGAUUACUGCCAGACGAGCUCCUCCCGCUGACACAGACCCAAAAACAGUUGAUGUGCACCGAAACCACACAAACAGCAGACGUUCAGAGCAGAACUGUGCCGCCACAACGGCCCACCUGUCUGAACUACAGCUCCCAGAAUCCCACAGAGGCGGACGAGCGGCCAGGUGGGUCAUCAGAGCAGGAGCCGGUUCGUCCCUCGGUCCCGGUGACGCCUAAAACGGAACAACCGAAAAUCAUCCCAAAGAUUCGGAACAUCCUCUCUACAGUGAGUCUGGGAUGCGGUCUGGACCUGGACUUCAUCGCAAAUAAUUUGUGGAACGUGGAGUACAAACCCAAGAAAUUUAAUCCGCUCAUCAUGAGGAUCCGUGAGCCGCGAACCACCGCGCUGAUCUACAGCUCUGGAAAGCUGGUCUGCACAGGAGCCACCAGUGCGCAGCAGUCCCGGCAGGCGGCCAGGAAGUUCGCCCGCAAGGUGCAGAAACUGGGCUUCCCCGUCCGCUUCCUGAACUUUAAGAUCCACAACAUCUUCGCCUAUUGUGAGACCUUCCCCGUCAAUCUGAUGGAGCUGGCCUCCCAUCAGUCCUGCAGUUAUGAACCAGAGAUGUUUCCUGCUGGCGUCUUCUUCAGAGGAAUCCCCGACAUCACCGUCGUCAUCGCUCAGAGUGGGAAGAUCUCGCUGACCGGAACUAAAGACGAAGCUAAAAUCUACAAAGCGGUUGACACCAUCUGGCCGAUCCUUCAGCGCUUCAGGAGGAGCUGAGAGGAGACCGACUCUGACAGCAACUCUUCAUUUAAAAACUCAUUUUUACAAAAUAAACUCUGUUUUAGAUUCAGUGUUUUAACGAUGAGUCAA